ACCAAAUGCACCCAUUAUACGCCUGUUUCGACAUCUGCACCGCUCGUGACGGGAAGACGAACGGACACGUGCCAAGCAUCUCGCAUUGAUUUGCCGAAAGCCUGCUGGACGUGCAGAAGAGGAUUCAGCCACACUGUGGACUCACUGGACUGGCCUCUCCGAACACGACAUCAUCUUUCCCAAGUCGGCCGGAUUGCAGCAUCUUCCAGCGUUGCCUGACCGCAACCGCCCGUCCUCCGCCCCGUCGUGAUGCGAGGGGAAGCUUCCGCGCAGAAUCCGCUGCUGGAGACUCCUCCUGAUGAUCAUGUGCAGCGGGACGAGCUGCUGAAGUGGCCGUGGAGUACAAAUCACCCAGCCAUCCCUGUCACUACAUGUCGAUACCGCCUGGGACAGAGAUUCCUUGUUCUUAUCCAGCUUCUGCUCUUUCUCUUCGUCGUGCUCCAAUUCAUCAUCAUGUACAAGAAAUACGCCGUUGCGUGUAGUGUAUUGGCGGUUGUGGGCGGCGAGGCAGCUAAUGUUCAAUAUGGGCCCAGUUCGAGUAGUCUGCCCGACUAUUUGGUGACCGAACCGGAGCUGUUUCCUGGCCCAACUCCCACUGGUGAUGCAGCCUUCCUCGCUCAAACAAACCCGGCUCCGUUUGCAAGCACAACGUACAUUCCCAACAGCCCACUGGAGACCCAGGUUCCCAUCGUGGGAAACAAUGACAAUGGAAACAUUUUCCAGAUGCACGGCCAACUGUCGCACUACUUUCCCAACCCUCAAGGGUUCGGCGUGGAUGAGUAUCCUUUACCUAGCAAUGCAUCGAUUGUGCAGCUGAACAUGUUAUCUCGACACGGUGCGCGUUAUCCUACGACUGGUGCUGGUGCCACUGUUGUUGCGCAAAAGAUCCUCAAUUACACGACCGGCGUGCUGGGCCAUGCCACAUUCUCUGGACCCCUCGACUUCUUGAACACCUGGACCUACAAGCUUGGUGCCGAAAUCCUGGUGCCACUGGGUAAGCAAGAACUCUUCGACAGUGGCACCCUUCACCAGAUCGAGUACGGACACUUGUACAAGAACAAUGGGACCAAGAUCAUUGCCCGAUCCACCACUCAAGACCGCAUGCUGAAGUCUGCCGAGUAUUUCUUGGCUGGUUUCUUCGGACUGGACUGGACUCAGAAUGCUACCUUGGUGCUUGCGAUUGAGCAAUCGAGAGGCAUCUGGAACAACACCUUAGCCGGUUACUACAACUGCAACAACUCCAAUACAGCCGUCUCGACUGGCGGAAACAACGCUUCGACGCAAUGGUACGAAAAGUACCUCGCUGAUGCUCCCGCACGCCUCAACUCGUAUAGUCAGGGUUUCAACUGGACGGUUGCCGACGCCUACAACGCCCAAUCGCUCUGUGCUUAUGAGACCGUGGCCUUGGGAUAUUCUGCAUUCUGUGGACUAUUCACCUAUGCAGAAUGGGAAGGCUACGAGUACUCCAUCGACUUGGCCUUUGCCGGCAACAACAUGUUCCAAUCGCCCACCGGUCGUGCUGUGGGCAUUGGCUACGUCGUGGAAAUACUAUCUCGUCUUCAAGGACACGUCAUCACCCAGCCCACAGCACAAAUCAACGUGACUCUGGACAACAACACAUCCACAUUUCCACUGGGUCAGACUCUCAACUUUGACUUCUCCCACGACACCAACAUCGCCUCCAUCCUCACGGCCUUCGGCCUCACGCAAUUCGCGCCCGUCCUGCCCGCCGAUCAUCUCGAGCGCAACCGCUCCCUCAUUGUCUCACACAUGGAACCCUUUGGCGCGCGACUCGACAUGGAAAUUAUCGAGACGCCCAAACCUCUGAGCGGGAAUCGUAAGAACAGCGGCGGCGGUUACGCCACCACCUACGAGGACGAUGGAGGAGUCACGCGGUACAUUCAUUUUAUUCUCAAUCAACGCACGAUUCCAUUGGGGAAAUCUUUUACCGAGUGUGGUAAUCGUGAUGAUGGGUGGUGUGAAUUGACGACGUUUAUGGAGGUGCAGUCGAAGAUGUUGGAGACGGCGGAGUACGAAUUUAGUUGCUUUGGGGAGUAUCCUGUUGUGCCUUAUGGUGGGAUCACGAAUGGGGUGCCUGUGACGAAGCCGAGUUAGGAGGCUGGUGUCAUCGUGGAUGCAUAUAUAUAUAUAUAACAUAUUAUAGUGUAAAUGGCUGAUUCAACCAAACAGACCUUUCUGAAUGAUCUAACAGAGACAUUUCUUCACACAUCCCAUACCUGGCCCUGGCCCUCAGUUGUUGAUCGGACCAAGUCGUGCCUCCCAUUGCACUCUCAUCUCUUCCAUCUUCUUCCACACCUGCCUUCCCACUUCCUCAAAUUCCUCUCUCCUCUCCCGUGUAGUCUCCUGAAGUCCACGAUAAUGUCCUUUCGUGACACUCCCGGGCGGGACGACUCCAGGCGUACCACAGUAGCCCCAGCCUUGCACCUGAGUCCGAGCGACUCUUUCAUCACCAUGCACACUGGUCGCUGAACCCCACUUUCCCUUACCUUCCCGACUCUCCUGCUCCACGAGCUGCGGUGCCAACACUGCAAAAGCCAUACUGACCGCACCUUUAUACGGCUCGAUGGGAUGCCAAGGCGAGCCCAACCAGCGCGCUGCGUAGAAGGCUGCAGUCAUGAAGAUGGCGAGAAACCAGUGCAGUCCAGAGAUGGAAGUGGCUACGACACCAGGAUGUGUGACGAGCAUGAUGGGACGAGAGUCUUCUCGUGGUUGCAAGGAGGAGAAGAAGGUUUCCGUAUAAGGCCUCGUCGCCGGCAAAUCUGACGUGAGAACAAUCAAGUCGGUCAACCGUUUCGAAGACUCGUAAGCGGCCAACGAUUGGAGCCCUUGUAUGUCGUCAAUGUGAAAACACUCUUCGACGGCGCCCGUGCUGGAAAUCCAUACCACACGCGAGUCUCGACUCAUCAAAGGAGCAAGCCAAUGCGUGAGCAGAUAGUGGCCAAACACAUUGGCGGUGAAAACCUCGCCAAGCACCGGCUCAUCUUCUGCGUUGGUCGUGUCUUGUACUUGCCGCUUCGCUCGUGCGCCCACAUCACAGGUCAUGUAUGCGGGAUAGGUCACGGCCUGUACCAGAUCUGUGCACGUGCUCCAGAUGGCUUUCGGCCAGUUCAGUCCCAGCCAGCCCGCAACACCAGCAUUCCAUACCACAGCAUCUAGUUUCUGCCCUCGUCGUAGUAAUUGUUCAGCGAGAGACUUCACAGUCGUCAGUUUCAGGAGAUCUACGAGGACGCCCUCAAUCUUGACUCGUGAUUCCAGGAGGAGGCUAAUGCCCAGCGUCUUUCCAUUCGCUUCGCGUAACGUCCGCUGGAAAUGCGCUUGGAGUCUGUUGAGGGUAUCCGCACCCUUCCUCGUGUCUCGGGUCGAGAAGAGGAGGUGCAGGGUCUGAGAUUGUGGUCUUGUGUAGAGGAAUUCAUCGAUGAGUCUGCAGCAACACGCGAAGCCAAGUCCACUGUUGGCGCCAGUCACGAGAACGGUAAACGUGGUGUUGUCUCCCUUUCCCAGAGAUGCGUCGUCCAUCUUUCGGUGUGGUCGCGUAGUGGCUUCGUGAUGAUGGUGACGAUGAUGAUGAUGAUGAGUUGGCCACGUCUUCGUGCAAUCGGGCUCUAAUAAUGAUUAAUAUUCUCCCGACACAUGCCAAGACGCACUGACACUUGGAGUGGUAGGGUAAUCCUUGACGAGCAUCGAU